AUGGACGGUCAACCACCACCGCCGCCACCUCAUGGCGAAAAUCCUCAUACGACUGAAGGCGAAUAUCGCAAAUCCUCGGACCUGCCAGAUGGCAAUUACGACAUCUUUAUCGUCCCACCUCACUCCGCUGGCUCGGGCUUCCUCUACCUUCCGUCGCUGCAGUGCAACCGAAAUAGUUUCUUAGCGGGCGUCGCAAGCACACUCCUCACAUGCUUCGUGUGGUCGUACAUCUCUCCGAUUUUGAAGACAUGGUAUCUAGUCACGAUCACUAGCGACAGUAGUACGGGCAUGGCGGUACUUGCGAUCGGGGUAGGUGUCGCUGGAUGGCUUCUUGGCUACAUUCAGUCCACCAGCUUAGGAUACAGAAAAAGCAAUAGCAGCGCUCGAGGUGGGCGAUUCGGAUUUGGUGGCUUUGGUGGUGGUUCUGGGGGCCCAGGUGGCUCUAGGAACGCCGGUCCAAACACCAGCCAACGGUCCUCGGGUGCCAAAUAUAGUAGCCAGGGGGAGGGUCAUCAAAGACAACAGGGAGGAAACUUUGGAGAAGAACAACCAUACGGCAACCAAUAUUCUGGUAAUCAACAAGGCUCUGGUCCUCCUCCACAUUAUAAUCAUAACGAACGUGAAAAGGAGGAGGCUGAAAAGCGCGCCAACGAAGAGCGAGCCAAAGAGGAGCGAGCCAAAGAGAAACGAGCCAAAGAGAAACGAGCCAAAGAAGAACGAGCCAAAGAAGAACGAGCCAAGGAGGAACGAGCCAAAGAAGAACGAGCCAAGGAGGAACGAGCCAAAGAAGAACGAGCCAAGGAACGGGCUAAGGAAGAAGCCGAAAGGGAGCGAAUAAAAGAAGAAACGAGACGCAAAGAGGAGCUACGCCGAAAGAUGGAGGAGUUCAAGCGCAAGCGUGAUGCAGAGAACAAAGAAAAAGAGAGAAAACGCGAGCGCGAAGCAAUGGAGAAGGAAUUACAGGAACGGCGCGAGCAGCUCGAAAAGGAGAUGGCUAUUGCAAGAGCCGCCGCAGAGAAGGAGGCGCGCGAUCGACUGGAGAAGGAAGCCGCGGAAGCUCGCGAGAGACAGGCAAAGGCCGAAGCUGAAGCAAAGGCCAAGAUCGAGAAGUUGGAAGCAGAAGCCAAAGAGCGGGCUGCUAAAGAAGCAGCUGAGAAAGAAGCUGCCGCAAAGGCCGCGGCCCAAAAAGAAGCCAUGGCCAGAUUUGCGGCGCUUAAGGAAGCAGCAAGCAAGAAGUACGCCGAGAAAAAGGCGCAAGACGCAAUGAAAGAAGCCGCUGCCAAAUCACCGCCACCGAAGCCAGCUAGUACGGGAAAUAUGCCUCGCACCCCUUCUCCCAAGAAAUCCGCACCCUACUCAACCGCAAAGACCGCCAAUGAAGACGAUACGUAUUCAUAUCGCCCCUACGAUCGACCCCGACGACCAUAUGCGGUUGGCACAUCGGUAUCCUCAGAGUCUUCAUAUGCACCUUCUCACUCGACCGCGCGCACAACACCUCCCCCCUCACAUCGCAGUACAACAUAUUCCACCAAGGAUCCAGAUAAGAUCGUGAUCCAAGGUGUAUACGCCUUCAACAAUGCCUCUAUGAAGACCCCAGUGGCGCAACUUGUCUCAGGCCAAGGCAUGAUCACCGAUGGGCUGGUGCUGCGCAUCACAACCGAAGGCCUCUUCAUCGAUGAUGAUCUACGCGGUAUUGGCCAACGUGAGUGGGAUGUCAAGGCAUGGACCCUCAAGCUGGUGGAGGUGUGGUGUCCACAGGUAAACGCCUCUUCAUCCGCCAAAAAUGCGGCCAGUAACUCUUUCUCCUUCCGUCGUGGGAACAAUGUUCCGACCAACGAAGAAUCAGAGGCCUUUCUUGGCAACUUGCUUAAAGUAUGCAAGAGUACUUGCCGCCUAGCUUCGCCCAGUGCGCAGUUCGCACGCAGCGCUACUGCCAGCCAUGACGGUGGCCCUGUUCACCCGCCCCAGGGGGAGUUCCAUAGUUUACACGUUCUCCGCGCCAGUGUACGUGACCAAGAAGGCAAGAAGUAUGUCUUUGUAUUGCAGGAUAGUGAGGCCUGGAAGGUCGCCAUCGGUCUCCAGCGGCUCCGGGCUGGUGCUCUGGUCCGAGCGCUAGGUGUCUGCGCUCUGCCGGUCCCCGAAUGCAAAACUAUGCUUACUGCUCUCGGUUAUGCUUGA